GGUGUAAGGGUGGGGUAAAGAGGGAGAAAGUAUAGUUACGAAUAUUUCUAUUUCUACACCCCUUAAUUUUAUCUCUUUUUCACCUCUUUCCAAAUAUAAAGAAUAUACACUACCUCUCCUUACCUUUCCAUUAAUUCACUCCUUCCCAAACAUGAGAUUUUUUUUAUUGUAACUCUCCUUAUCCUUCCCCUUCCUUACCCUUUCUUACCCUUCCAUUAUUUAUCCUUCCCUCACUUCAUCCAAAUAGACGCAUCUUGAAAAUCUCAUAUCGGCCGGUCCUAGCCUCCAAACCUGCCGUGAGCUAUGAAAAUCCUAAGUUGGAACUACAAGGGUUUGGCAACCAUUGAGCAGUUUCAGCUCUUUAAGAGCUUGUAAAUACUAAUAAGCCAUUGGUUGUGUUUUUAAUGGAAACUCUUGUUAAUAGUUUGCGUAUUGAAGAGUUGCGUGUUCGGUUUCAUUUUGCUGCUUGUUUUGCUGUGGACAGAUUUGGUAGAGGAAGGGGUUUGGCUGUACUAUGCAUGGUUUUAAAUGGCGGUGGUAGUAGUAGUGGUAGUGGGUAACGGAACGGGCCUGUAAUCGUUUUGGCGCUAAGCAAAUUUUUCUUAAAAAUUUUGUAAAAUUCAUGGAGUAAAAAAAAAAAUGCCCUCGCCGUUACGACCGUUACCCAUUACGUAAAGGCCUUAAUAACAGUUACACCCUCAAUUUCUUUUUGCCGUUAAACAACGGUCAUAUCGAUAAUAAUAGUUGAAGAUUCCUGUAAAACAUAACGGCUCCAUGGUUCUAUGGCGUGUUCCUAACUCUGUUUCUGUUUGUGCUUAUUCUCAUAACUUUAUUGAUAUGGUCAUUACUAGCGAUUCUGGUUCCCAUUGGUAUUUGACUGGCUUUUACGGAUAUCCAGACCGACGGAGUCGUCACUUUUCUUGGUCUCUCCUUCGUUAACUGGCCGCUUUGUCUGAUCUUCUCUGGGUUUGUUUGGGCGACUUCAAUGAUUUGUUAAGCUCUAAGGACAAGCAUGGUGGGCUUCCCCAUCUGCUUGCUUUAUUAGAUGGUUUUCGUAACACAGUGGACGCUUGUAACCUUGUUGAUCUUCCACUGUAUGGCCAUCCUUUCACUUGGGAAAGGGGUCGGGGCACAUCUCAUUUUGUGGAGGAGAAACUAGACUGUGCACUAGCUUCUCCUAACUGGAUUAAUCUUUUUCCUGCAUCUCAUUUAUUAAAUUUGAUUGAACUAGUGUCGAAUCAUUCACCUAUUCUUUUGGACAUCUCAGCUUCGUCUUUCUUAGUUGGGCUUCGCAGAUUCAAAUUUGAAAACCCCUCGUUCUUCGAACCAGACUUAGAUGAUGUUGUUUCUGCUUCUUUAUAUUUACUGCCUAAACUCGCUUCUUAUUGUCAGUCUUUGCACAAUUGGGGUUGUGCUAUAGCAGGCAGGUUUAAACAUCGUAUCCAGGCUUUGCUUCAUCAAAUGCAUCAGUGUUGUCAAAUGCCUUUCUCUGUCACUGAGAAUCAUAUGCCCGAUCUGAAACAUAGAUAGAAUACUUUACUUUCUCAGGAAGAACUUUAUCGGAAGCAGCGUUCCAAGCUUCACUGAUUAAAGAGUGGUGAUCGGAAUACGCGAUCUUUUCAUAGUUUUGCUUCUUCACGCAAAAGGGCGAAUAGAAUCCAUUCUCUUCUAUCUGAUGAUGGGCAUUGGCACGAGGAUCCUGACUGUUUGGCUUCUCUUAUUGCUUCUUAUUUUAAUGACCUGUUUUCUGCAGCUACUAAUCCCAAUAUGGUGAUACUUGAUUGUGUUGAUUGUCGUGUCUCUGAUCCUGACAAUGCCUACUUAUUAUCUCCUUUCACUCCUGGUGAGUUUCGGGUUGAAUCCUGCUUUCUUCCAGAAAUUUUGGCACUUAAUUGGUGAUGAGGUUGUUUGCAGUUGUCAGCAUUUGCUUUCUCAAGGUUUAAACGGUACACUCCAUAAUCUUUCUUUCUCAUCCUUUCAUGAUCUUGAAUUUAUUGAUUUCAGCGUGAACAAGCUUUUUGGUACCAUCCCACUUGAAAUCACUCACCUUUCCAAACUUAGAUAUCUUGAUUUAUCAAACAAUCAGCUGUCAGGGGUAAUCCCAUCAGAAAUUGGCCUCUUAACAAAUCUUGAAAAAUUGCACAUUGCUGAAAAUCAAUUAAAUGGUUCAAUUCCUGAAGAAAUAGGUCAAUUAAGUUCCCUAAUUGAGCUUUUCUUGUAUACCAACUAUUUACGCGGUCAUAUUCCUGUUUCACUCUGUAAUUUGACUAAUAUGGCUGCAUUGCACCUCUAUGAGAACCAAUUUUUUGGUACUAUUCCACCAGAAAUGGGAAAACUCUCUAAUUUGGUUGAACUUUUCAUUGAUACCAACAGCCUCGAAGGUCCUAUCCCUUUCACUUUUGGGAACUUGACAAAAUUAACUAAGUUGUUCAUGUACCAAAAUCAACUUUCUGGUUCUAUUCCCCCAGAAAUUGGAAACUUGAAGUCUCUCAACUGGCUAAGCCUUUUCGGAAACAAUCUUUCUGGCCCAAUUCCAGCGUCACUAGGUGGCUUGACAAGCCUCACCCUUCUUCAUCUUUAUAAGAAUCAACUCUCCGGCUCCAUUCCAAAAGAGUUGGGAAACUUGAAAUCUAUACUUGAUCUAGAGUUGGGUGUGAAUCAACUUAUUGGCCCUAUUCCUGCUUCCUUCGGUAACUUGAGUGAGUUAAAAUUUUUAAAUCUUCGUGAUAAUGGACUUUCUGGUCGGAUUCCUAAACAGAUGGCAUAUCUCCCAAAGUUGUCUUUGCUUCAACUGCAGAACAAUCAGUUGACUGGUUCAUUGCCCCCAAAUAUUUGCCAAAAUAAAAUGCUUCAGAACAUUAGUGUCAAUGACAACCAUCUUGAAGGCCCAAUCCCCAAAAGUUUUAAAGAUUGCAAAAGUUUGGUGAGAGUUGGGCUUAGUGGAAAUCGUUUUACUGGAAAUAUAUCUGAGGAUUUUGGUGUCUAUCCAGACCUUCAAUUUAUGGAUCUAAGCCAUAAUAAUUUCUACGGUGAAAUAUCAACCAACUGGGGAAGGUGUUCCAAUUUGGCCACACUACGGAUUGCAGACAACAAUAUUACUGGUACCGUACCACCAGAGAUUGGAAAUGCUACUCAGCUACAAUCACUUGAUCUUUCUUCCAACCAAUUGUUUGGGACGAUUCCUAAGGAAUUGGGGAAGUUGACUUCUUUGUCGAAGGUGAAUUUAAGUGGCAAUCAGCUCUCUGAUGUUAUACCUUCAGAAUUUGGAUCGUUUACAAAUCUUGAGCUUUUGGACCUGUCCGCAAAUAGACUAAACCAACCUAUUCCACAAAACAUUGGAAACUUGGCUAAACUGAUCUACUUGAACUUGAGCAAUAAUGAGAUUAGCCAAGAAAUUCCAAUUCAAUUGGGGAAGUUGUUUCACUUGUCGGAGUUGGAUUUAAGUCGAAACUUUCUUAAAGGAGAGAUUCCUUCACAAUUAAGCGGUUUAGAAAGCUUGGAAACUUUGAAUCUCUCCCACAAUAACCUAUCUGGUUCUAUUCCAGAUAGUUUCAAAGAGAUGUAUGGUUUGUUGUCCAUUGAUAUAUCCUAUAAUGAUUUGGAAGGCCCCAUUCCUUCCAACAAAGCAUUUCAGAAUGCUUCUAUGGAAGCAUUCAAGGGGAACAAGGGAUUGUGUGGGGAAGUCCCUGGAUUGCCACUAUGCAAUGCAUCUUUGACAAAAAAACGUAAACAUAAAAUGUUGUUUCUGAUCAUUUUCCUUCCGCUUUUUGGAGCUUUUUCGCUUCUCUCUUUCUUUGGAGUUUUGUUCUUCUUACCGAAAAGAAAAGAAGAUCCAAAAGCGGAGCAACGCGACGAGCAGGAUGAGGAAUUCAUUUCCAUAUCAAGUUUUGAAGGAAAACUUAUGCAUGAUGAGGUUAUACGAGCCACUAAUAGUUUCGAUGCUAUAUGCUGCAUUGGGAUGGGAGGAUGCGGCAAUGUCUACAAAGCCAGUUUGUUAUCAUUAGGGAUCAUAGUGGCUGUGAAGAAGCUCAACUCACUUAGUGAUGGUAAGAGGCCAUAUCAAAAAGAGUUCUUGAACGAGAUAAGGGCAUUAACACAAAUAAGGCAUCGAAACAUAGUAAAACUCUAUGGUUUCUGUUCCUAUGCACAUCACUCAUUUUUGGUUUACAAAUACAUGGAAUGCGGAAGCUUGGCAACAAUCCUAGGCAACAACCAAAAAGCUAAAGAACUGGGAUGGAGUAAAAGGUUAAAUAUUGUUAAAGGUGUGGCUUGUGCCCUAUCCUAUAUGCACCAUGAGUGCUCACCACCCAUCGUUCAUCGAGAUAUAAAAAGCAACAACAUUUUGCUAGAUUCUAAAUAUGAAGCUCACAUAUCAGACUUUGGCACUGCCAAGCUUUUGAAUCUUGAUUCAUCACAUUGGUCUGCAUUGGCAGGCACAUAUGGAUAUGUUGCACCAGAGUUUGCUUAUACCAUGAAGGUAACUGAGAAAUGUGAUGUGUAUAGCUUUGGGGUGUUAGCAUUGGAAGUGAUAGGAGGAAAGCAUCCAGGAGAAAUCAUAUACUCGCCUGAGAAGAUCCUACUCGAAGAUAUUAUGGAUCAACGCCUUCCAUCACCGUCGCUAGAAAUUCUGGAUGAACUUGCUCAAAUACUGAAUCUCUCAGUUGGAUGCUUGAUCAAAGAUCCAAAAUAUCGGCCGAGCAUGCAAAUGAUUUGUCAUGGGUUAGAAGCUCAAAACUACUUUUUCUUAGCUAGCUAGAUCGAUUUACACAGCAAUACUAUGAUCAAUUACUAUAAAGCUAAAUAAAUCCAAAUGGUUAGGAAAUAAAUCAAAACUACUUUUAUUCUCUUU